UGCCUGGAUGGCCCGCAAGCUGAGCCUGGACCAGCUGGAGGACCAGCUCCUGUGCCCCAUCUGCCUGGAGGUCUUCCGGGAGCCGCUGAUGCUGCGCUGCGGCCACUCUUACUGCAAGCCCUGCGUGGUCUCCCUCUCGGGGGGUCCCGAGGCCCAGUUCCUCUGCCCCGUCUGCCGCCAGAGUGCCGACGGGGCUAGCUCUCCCCCAAAUGUCAGCCUGGCACGUGUCAUCGAGGCCCUGCGUGGUGCAGGAGGAGGAGGGGACUCCCAAGGUGAAGAUGGUGAUGGUGAUGGGCCUGAGGAAGAGGAGGAAGAGUCCUGCCCCGAUCACCGCAACCCCCUCAGCCUCUUCUGUGAGGGCGACCAGGCCAUCAUCUGUGGGCUCUGUGGAACCAUCGGAGCCCACCGGCACCACAAGGUCACCCCUCUGUCCACCGUCUACAGCCGUAUGAAGGAGGAGCUGUCAGCGCUCAUGACAGAGGUCCAGCAGCAACAGAGGGACCUGGAGGAGCAUCUCGGGAAGCUGAUGAACAACAAGACGCGUAUCACGAACGAGUCAGACGUCUUCAAGUGGGUGAUCCGAAAGCAGUUCCAGGAGCUGCACCGCUUUGUGGACGAGGAGAAGGCCCGCUUCCUGGGGCGCAUUGAGAGGCAGGUGGUGGGUCUGGAGGCCGGCCUGGAGGCCCAGCUCAAGCAGGCCGAGGAGGCCCUGCAGGAGCUCAAGACGCUGGAGGAACACCUGCGGGGCCUCAGCGACCAGGGCCAGCUGGGCUUCAUCCGGAAAUAUGGCUCCCUUCCCUCCAGGUCUGAACUGACCCAGCAGCGUCCGGCCGAAGGGGGUGCCUCUCCCCCGGUGUUCUUUAAGCCCGACUUCCACCAGGAUGAUGUCCAGAUGAUGGUGUGGAAGCGGCUGCUACGUAAGAUCCUCCCAGCCCCGGAGGCACUGACGCUGGACCCCUCGUCGGCGGCACACCCGGCACUGGAGCUGUCAAAGGGCGGCACGGUGGUACGCUGGGGCCGGGCACCCACCUUGCGCCGGGGAAGCCUUCCAGAGCGGGCAGAGCCGGGUGCCUGGGUGCUGACCAGCAGGGGCUUCUCCUGGGGGCGCCACUACUGGGAGGUGGUGGUGGGGGCACGCAGCCACUGGCGGUUGGGCCUGGUCAAGGCCUCAGCCCUCGGUCCCCGACACCCGCAGCAGCAGCUGCGAGCUAAACUACCCAAGACCCCCCAGCAGGGAGCUUGGCUGCUGGGUCUGAAAGAGGGUAGGGUCCUGGAAGCCUUUGCAGGGCCCCGUGUGGCCCUCCCGCCCUGCUGCCCACCUCCCCGGCGCCUGGGCCUCUUCCUGCACUACGAGAAGGGCGAGCUGACCUUCUUCGAUGCCACCCAGGGGCCCCAGGAGCUGGUCCCGCUCUACACCUUCCGGGGGGGCUUCCAGGGCACUCUCUUUCCCGUGCUGGACCUGGGCCCUUGGCACCAGAGGGGGCCCGGGGCCCUGCCCAUCCUCCUGCCCUCCCCUGCCAUGAUCCACCAGCACGACUGGGAGGAGCAGGAAGAGAAUGAAGAGAAGGAGGAGGAAGAAAGCAAAGAGGAAGAGGAAGAGGAAGAAGAGGAGAAAGAGGAGGGCAGAGGGGAGCCCCAGCAGCAGCACACCAAGCUGUAGCCUUCCACGGCCCUCCCUGGAAGGAAGGAUAGAUGACAGAGGGAGGGAUAGACAGAAGGGAAGGAAGGAGGAGUGGAUAAUAAACAGAGAGAGGGAGGGAAAAGAAAGAUGGUGGAGAUGGAACGAAGAAAAGAAAUAAAAAAGAAACAAGGAUAGAUACCUAGAUAGAACAGAGAGAUAGAUAGAUAGAUGGGAAGAAAGGAGGGAUAUAGUAGAAGGAAGAUGGAGGAAGGAAAAAGAAAUGAACAUGGAAAGAAGGAAAGGAAUGCAAGAAAGAUAGGAGAAGGAAUAAGGAUAGAUUGAUAGAGGGGAAGGAAGGAUAGAGGGAAGGAAGAAAGAAAAGGAAGGAGUGAAAAGAAAAGAAAAGAAAAGUAAAGACAGGAUGAAGGAAGGAAAGAUAUAGGAGAAGAUAGAGAGAUCGAUAAAAGCGAAGGAAGGAAAGAAGGACGGAAUGAAGGAAGGAAGGAUAAUAAGCAGAGGGAGGGAGGGAAAAGAAAGAUGGUGGAGGUGGAAAGAAGGAAAGAAAUAGAUAGAAGGAACAUGAAUAGAGAGAAAUAGAGAGAGAGAGAUGGGAAGAUAGGAAGGAUAUAGUAGAAGGAAGAUGGAGGGAGGAAAAAGAAAUGGACAUGGAAAGAAGGAAAGGAAUGCAAGGAAGAUAGGAGAAGAUGGUGGAGAUGAAAGAAGGAAAGAUAGAGGAAAUGACAGGGAGAGAAAGAUAGAAGGGAGGGAAGGAAGGAUAAUAAAAAGAGGGAGGGAGGAAAAAAGAAAGAUGGUGGAGAUGGAAAAAAGGAAAGAAAGAAAAGAUAGGAGAAGGAACAAGGAUGGAAUGAAUGGAAGGAAGGACGGAAGAAAGGGAGGGCGAUCAGAGGAGAAGGAAGAUGGAGGAUGGAGGAAAAAGAAAGAUGAUGGAGAUGGAAAGGAAG